UCGGCGUGGGUCGAUCAAGAGCCGGGGAGAGUAGGGGGAGGAGGAGGCGAUUUUUAACCGGAGGAGGGAACAGCGGGAGAGAGAGAGAGAAAAAGGGAGAGAGAGAGAGAGCGUGUUUCCUCCUCCAGGCCGAUUAACAGUUGGCCCGAGGGACGCGAGGCGAUCGAGUUGGUUUCUUCGGUGCGGCCGCGAGCCUCGGCCUCGGCCGAGGCGCAAUAAAUAUCGACCACAGCAGUGGAGGCUUAGCGAUGCGAAAAGUGGACCAUUCGAUCGGGCCACGUCAUAUUUCCUAGCGCUCGGCAUCGUCGUCGAAAAGGCGCGAGAUGCAUUACGACAUGUGCCCGUUCCCCGGGGGAGAGGGGGGAUGCUCGUGCGCUUUCAAUUAUCAGCGCGCGAAGUCCCCCCGGGUUACAUAUGCGCUCCAGACCGUCGUGUUCCUGUGUAAAUCAUACUAAACUAUAGGCAACGAUUCAUCUACGGUAGUGCUACAAGUGUUGGUAACGUGGAUCUCCCGUUAUUUCGACGUAUAUGUCGAUGGACGUUUCAGAAUUGCCGAAUGAUAAAACGAUGAUGCAUUUAUGGCAGUGCCAACGCAGUGAUAGUGUAAGGUGAUAGUGCUCAUGCGACGCAUUGCACUUUUCGGAUGUCCUAUCAUACUGUUAACGCAGUAUUGAAAUAUUAAGUGGGCGUGCGGGGGUGACUGGAGUGAUGGGAUGGGGCCAGAGCCCCAUGGAGUUCGGGUAGACCCGUCUCCGGCCCAGCUCCCCAGCCCCCUCCGCCAUCGAUAUCGACACCGCUCCUGCCAGCGUCGCAGAGGGCCGCCUCGAUCGCGAUGGAGGCCUCUAGCAAUCAACAACAAAAAGAAAAGGAGCCACGCGUUCACAGGCCUUACGCCUUCGACAAGAUGGAGGGGCUGGUGCGGGAGAUGCAAGACCCUGAGAGAGGGGUACCCGUGCGCAGCCAAAAACAAUUUCUCACCUCGAUUCCCUCAGCGUUCAUGGGUGAGUGCCAUCGGUACUUGCGUUGUGGAGUAAACGUAAGCGGCCAUCACGGCCAGGACACUACAGUAGGCUGCCUGCGUGUUGCAGGUUACGACCUCAUCGAGUGGCUGAUGGACCGGCUUGCCAUCGAAGAAUCAGAGGCGGUCCAUAUUGCUAAUCAACUAUGCCAGUACGGCUACUUCUUCCCGGUGAAUGACUCCAAGACACUUACUGUUAAGGACGAUAGCUCUCUGUAUAGGUUUCAGACACCCUAUUAUUGGCCGUGGCAACAUAGAACCCCCGACAACGUGGAGUACGCAAUCUAUCUGGCUAAACGAACUCUGAGGAACAAACAACGUCACGCUCUCGAGGAUUAUGAGAUCGAAGCUUUGAACAGCUUGCGCAAGAACUUACAGAACAAAUGGGACAUAAUACAGCUACAAGCGGAAGAACAGGUACGCCUAUCCAAGGAGCGCAAGAAAGGCGACAAGAUAGUGAGCGACUCCCAGGAACGAGCAUUUUGGAGAGUCUAUCGGCCGCCACCCGGUUGUCUCAGUAGCCUGGAAGUCGUGCCCGUACCCACUCGUUUUCGUCCUGGACUUCCACGACCUCCGUCACGCAAACGCACUCUCACCGAUCUACAACGUGAGGUGGCCCUUCUACGAAACAGUUUGACACGCACGAGAAUAAAGGUUUCGACUGCGAUCGAAAAUUUUAAAUCAUACUUUGAAACGUACGUGGAAUACGAUCCGAUGUUCGUACAGCCGCAACCUUCCAAUCCAUGGAUCACCGACGAUCAUAUGUUUUGGCAACUGAAUAGUCCCUUAGUGGAAGUUCCUACAGAGAAACGUGUUAAACGAUGGGCGCUAUCGAUGGAAGAACUUAUGUCUGAUCCUACAGGUUUACAAGAAUUCACGAAUUAUUUAAGAAAGGAGUACAGUCACGAAAAUAUAAGAUUUUGGCUGGCGGUCAAAGAUCUCAGGCAUAGUUUUCAAGCACAAAUACCUGACAAAGUCAACGAAAUUUUUAGAGAAUUCCUGGCACCUGGAGCUCCCUGCGAAAUCAACAUAGAUGGAAAAACAAUGGAGAAGGUUCAUCAGGAGAUGAAAAAUCCGAGCAGAUUUACGUUCGAUUCCGCCGCGGAGCACGUAUAUACGCUAUUGCUAAAGAAGGACUGCUACCCUAGAUUUAUUCGUUCCGAUCAAUAUCGUAAUCUCUUAGCUGCGGGCGUGCAACCUCUGCAGAAGAAGAGAUUUUUUGGCUUCGGCGGCCAAGCCAAGAAGAAAGUUUCCUCCACUUCGACACCAACGUCUAGCACUUUGCAGCACGCUAAUAUAGGUGGCGGCAGCGGCGGUGGCAGACGUAGGGGAAGCGACCGGAGCCUGUCCGGAAGCGCCCACGAGCUCGCGAUUUGCGGCGUCCGCGACGUCACUUCCGCACCGCGAGUUCCGCAUUCCCAUAGCCAGUCGAAUCUCACCGACAUCCCAUACAGGGAUGCUGGCGCGACGGAAGUGGUAGUUCGCCCUAUGGACGACGUAUGUCCAUGGGAGGCCGUGCCGGGCCCGAGCACGGAACCCGGAGGAACGGGGGACACCGCGUCCUCUGGAAGGACAGCGUCAGCUGAUCAGACUCGACACGUGUGGGACAGCGGCGGCUAUUCGACAACCACGUACUCUGCCGAGGCCGCGCGUGCCUCCCGGAAGAAUUCCGCACAGUUAGACUCGUGCAGCUCGUCGUCGGACGUCAGCCUUGCUAUCGCGGACGUCUCCGAGCGAUUGCGGAAGUCGUGUAGUUUGCAGCAUAGCGGUAGCGUAGGUACAUCGACUUCAGGCCCCAGCACGAUAACGCGAAAUUAUUCUACCUGCUCAGCAAGCGGCCGUAUCAGGCUAGCCGAGAUAGGUCGCGCGUCCGUGUCGUCCUGCAACUAUCCGUCGCCCCAGCAGUCAUUCGAGUAUUCCCACGCGGUGGUGGAAAGGGUGGUCGAAAAGCUGGAAGAGAGAUCGUCUCUGGAAAAGAUAGUGCCCGAAGAGGAAACCGUCGCGGAAGCCAUCGUCGAAAAAGAGAGUCAGUCGAGUCCUAAAACAACCGCAAAGGCGCCCUUGAUCAGCAUCAGCGCGAUCGUGGGCGACCUGCCGAGCGACAAUUCCACGAUGGAGAACAUCGACGAGGAUGGGAGCGAGAGCUGCACGGCAAAGGACGCGGGGGAGAUUGUCGCCGAGGAGAAAUUGAAGGGCGAGGACUCGCGGGCCGACACCGGGGCGGAUGUGUCGCCGGUGGCCGAAGAACCGGCGACGACUGAGGAGCUGCCCGAGGAGACGCAGGUCAUGCCUGUCUGGGAACCGGACGCCCAACAGGAGGACCGACCAGCGGUGGCGCAGGCAGUGCCUCGGGAGAAGCGUGACAAUAAUGUUAACGAAGUAUGCCCGUGGGAGGAUGAGGAAAACUGUAGAGUGGAUGCACCCUAUGUAAAAACCUAUGCGACUUUAGGUUACUUGUAAUUUGUCGUUGAUAUUAAAUCUUGCAUUUUACAUUUACAACAUUCAUAAAUUCGAUUUCCACUUUAAUCCACUUUACUGAGCUCGCGUGUCCAGACCAUUGCGCGACAGAAGCUUCGGUCGCUGCGUUAAUUAAGCCAAGACACAAGCAUCUUUUGAGGAUAAAGUUUACUUACGCGGAAGCAGUUCGAGGAUUUAAUAAAAAUGACAGUGCACCCACUGCACCCUUGCAGUCGCACGAGAGUACUGAUAGCAUUCAAAUACUUACAGACAGAUUUUCACGAUGUUGCGUGCAAUGGCAAGAUUGCGAGCAGUUCGUUCGAUAGAAUCGAUAACGCGAAAAUAUAUAUGUCGCGGGACGAAAAACGAGCAUCGACGUCUAGUCUCUAACUUUGCAUCGAGUCACUAUAUUUAUAUUGUACGUAAGGCCUAACGAUCCGAUUCGUUUGCUCGAGAUCAUCGAAAUGGAUCCGUUUAGAUCUCGAUUAACGAUCAAGGAUUUGGAGCUCUUUCGUCCUUUCCGAUUUUACUAGAGUUAUUUAAUCUCUACUAUUUGUACCAUCCUUGGUAUACGCGAGCCACGUUGAAAGAAAUGAGCAAAGCGAUUAUUUGUGACUUGUGAAAGAAAGAGAUCGCGAGCAUUAUUGUUUAAAACUAGAGCGCAGUUUCCAAUGUUGUUCGUAGAUUAACGUAGAUCGACGUAGAUUAACGUAGACUAGGAAACCUAGAAGAUGUGUCGCGUGACAAGUAGCGAUAGAUAUCGUGUCUCUCUCUGUGUUUGAGUAAACGUUCAAAACGGCGAUGUAUCGCCGAGCAAAGUAGGAAGUAAAUUCAAGUGCGCGGAUUGGGAACUCAUUAUACUCUGUUCGUGUAUCACGUGCAAACGCGCGCUCGUAGGGUGCUAGCCAUUUGAGCCGUUUGGCCGCUCUCCAUGGUCGCGCUUUUCCCGGAUACCUCACUUUUCCGCGAGUCACGCACCUCGCGAAACUUUACGUUCCGAUAUCCCGAUGUAUUACGUUACAGAACACGAUUUCACCCUUGGAGACGUAAUUGCUUCUCUAAUUAACCAGACUGUGCGAUUGACGAUGUCGCAUUGAGAUACUCUCAAAAUAUCUCGUUUACUCCCGAAAUACAUUAUGUAUCCCAAUGCGCGGCGCGUUACAUUAUUUAAGUGCACGUAUUAAGCCUUCGUCUUACUUACAAUUAGACUUAUCGCCUAGAGUUAGCGUGUUUUACGCAGUGUCUUACGAGCGUUCGAUAUUAAUUAUUGAAAAAAUUAUCGUGACCUGAUAUAUAUUAAGUGUCUAUUUCGUGUUAUAGUUCGCCAGUUAUAGUUGUCGUAAUCGCGUCGCAUUGAUUAACAUAUCGGCGACGAUUACGGCGAUUUUAUGACGUUUCACUCGUUGAUCCUCGGUUAAGCGAGUCGCGAAUUAAACAACAACAACAAAAAAAGAAUAAAACAUGUUUGCGCGAAUCUAAGUAAUAUUGAUGUCUAAAUGCCCAUUGCUAUCGGAUCUCUGAUUCUGUUACUGCCCCAGGAUCUCCGAUCCGACGCUAAAAAUUGAAGGAGAGGCUAUUUAAAAUUAAAUGCAUUGUGCUCUUAUCUGUAUCUUAUCGGUGUCUUUUCGUGUAUAGUUUUAAGAUACCAAAACGAUACAUAAUUAUUACACUAAUUACCGACGACGUGUUUGUCUCGCGUUCAAUCGCGAACCUUAUGACGAUUCUGACGGCCAAAUCCUCGUUUUUUUCUCAACGAGAGGAAAGGAUAAUCAAACUGACGGGAACAAAGAACGAUUGCCUAAUUACGCUGCACUUUACACGAAAAGAUGGGAAACGAACGAACGUGAAAAAAAAACAUGGUGGUUCUAACGCAUACUAGUUUUUCUAACGAACUGAAUAUCGAAUCUUUAGGUGACAAUUUAUCUUCAAAGUUCUUCGAAUUUAAGAAUGUAUCUGCGUUUAUUUUCUACGUGCAAUAGCGAGUGUAAAACAGAUGCGAGAUACACUCCAUUGACAAUUAUUUGAGUGCAACGAGCUGAGUACGACGGUCUGGACACGCGAGUGUAAUCAUAUAAGGACUCUAAAAAUAUUCACGACGAUCGUAUUGUUAAUUCAGCAGCUCAACUUAAGUAUCGUAAAGUUCUUACGAUAGGUUAGCCGAUAAUAAGACUAGAAAUAACACAUGUCCCGUGAUUGAGAUAUAAGAAAAUAUUAAUAUAUGAUAUACUUACUAUACCGUACGAUUUCGUUCGCGUCAUAUAGCGGUAACGAAUUACUUUUCAAUUCGCCCGCGUAAUUUUAUUGUACAAGCCGAGAUAAAAGUGCGUCGUAGUCAAAAAACUUUGAGAAGACACGGAAGACGAGAGAAUUCGGAUGCUGGAGAAAAAGCGAAUUCUAAGCAACGGAGGAACCAUGGAGCAAAUCAAAAAAGAAAAAAAAAACGUUACUCGCCUAAGAGGGACGCUAUUCUGUGUAAAUAAUUUUCGAUAUCAUCGCGUAUAUAUUCGCUCUCUUUUGAAUCUUGGAAAAUAUAUAUUAUAUUCAUCCAUCACGCAAGCCAAAGACCUCUUCUCUCUCUCAUAUCGCGUCGAACAACGCAGAGGUGCGCGCAAGCUAUAUAUCCUUCGUGCUCUGUUGCCGAAAAUAGUCCUGACAUUUCAUAAAAUGAAUUAAGUGAGUUAAGUGAAACAGAUAAGAUAAUUUUACUGUUAUUAAAUUGCAACGAACGAUUAUCGUAAACAUUUAGAAUAACGCGAGAACAACUUCUAAGCCUUAAAGCUUUAAAUUAUGACAAAAUAAAUUGUACAUUUUUCUAAAUGUUAAUCGCGAUUGUAGUAAUUAUUUAUUCAGUUUUAUAUCGAAUCACGAUCUCGUCUCCGUUAAUCACAAAAGCAAGCUACGUUAUUCGGCAGCAGAGCCAACGCGACGGAGCAACCUUGAGCGCAUCCGUCAUACCGUAUUUUGUAUAACUUGAAACUGCGACGUUUGGCUGUACAUCGAUUACAUUUUUAGCAUACCAUUGUCAGAAUUGCAAGUUCAGCUCGGAAAGUUUUGUCGUUAAAUAAUGUUUAAUAUUUAACGCAAAAACGCUCUGAAACACACACAAAUAACAUCUCUUUGCUAUUCCGACGUUGCGAUUAACUCCUCAGCGAAGGGAAUGGCAAUUAUUUCGAGUGCCGGUCAAUCCGGAAGAGGUGACACUUUGUAUGAUAUGACGGAACGGAAAUGUGAUUAGCUCGCAUAAUUAGCGUAUGUAGGCGAAACGGUAGAUACGAAUAAAGUCCAGAAUAUCUUUCUAAAAUAGUAUAUAUUGCUAAAAUAUUAUUGCGCAAUGAAAAAAUUGACUUGCAUAAAUUAUUCGUAUUUUGCAAGUUGCACUUUUGAAAAGUCUGCGAGAUCCGGUGCCACCGUAUAUAUUGUAACAUUAUUUUAUACAGCGUUUCUAAACGUUUUGUUUUAUAGUAUGUUUUCGCGAUUUGAGCAGAAAUUGUAAAUAUUGUUGAAAUAGUAUUUAUGUACGUUUGCCGCAUGCAUUUAUAAAUUGCAAUUAUAUAUAUUUAUCUAGAUAUAAAAUGAGUAAGUGCGACACUUUUGUAGUAAACGCAAUAAUGUUGUCGUGUUUAUUACGGAAGGUGUGAGAAAAUGAUUUCAAUUCUCGUAACCUCGAAAAAAUAUAAUAAUUAUUAUCGCCGUAAAUAGAGAUUUAAAGAAGAAAAAAAAACAAUGUACUGUGGAUUACAGCUGACGAUGCGAAUGGACAGGAUUACCCCUUGGAUCCGUGAAAUGCGAGAUAUUUUUAUUAUUAUUAGAAAAUCUAGACAGAUCUAUCAAAAAUUGACGGGACUUAGGCAACAAAAUGUGCACCAAUUAAAAGUUCAGCGCACUGUCGCUUCUACGCUGAAUUAAGAUCUAGUUCCAAUUGCCGCGAAUCCACGAUUGGUCGAGCGAUGUGAUUCUUGCGAUUGUCGAGUUGUGCGAAGUUACGCGCGCGUAUACAAUGAAGCGAUCGUUCAAAGUGCGUAUUAUCACCCGCAGCCUAAGGACGCCAUCAGUAUAAUAAAGAUAUAAAGACAUAAAGGUAUAAAGCGAGUGAAAAUU